AUGUCGGGCUAUCAGCACGGCUACGAGGAGGGCUACGGCCAACAAGGCCAUGGCGACCCCUACUACCAGGAGGAACACGCUCAAGGUUACUAUGACAACCAGGAAUAUCAACAAGGAGAUGGCUAUUAUGACAGAUCCGGCUAUGAGCAGGGAGAACAAAACCAAGCGUAUCAUCAGGAUGGCGGAUACUACGAGGGUGGCCAGCAAGAUGAAUAUUACAACGAUCAGUACUACGACCAGGGCAAUGGCGGCCAAGGUGGCUACGGAGGACAGGGUCGGCGUCGUGGCGGGGACUCGGAAGAGGACUCGGAGACUUUCAGUGAUUUCACAAUGAGAUCGGAAACCGCACGAGCAGCCGACAUGGAUUACUACGGCCGUGGCGACGAGCGAUACAACAGCUACAACGACGGUCAGGCCGGGGGACGCGGGUAUGGAUACCGCCCUCCCUCGUCCCAGGUCUCCUACGGAGGCAACCGCUCCUCCGGUGCCUCGACUCCCGUGUAUGGUAUGGAUUACGGCAACGCUCUGCCGGCUGGCCAACGGUCUCGGGAGCCCUACCCGGCCUGGACCUCGGACGCUCAGAUCCCCAUCUCCAAGGAGGAGAUCGAGGAUAUCUUCCUGGACCUGGUCAACAAGUUUGGUUUCCAGCGCGACAGCAUGCGCAACAUGUAUGACCAUCUCAUGACCCUGCUGGACUCCCGGGCGUCUCGCAUGACCCCGAACCAGGCGCUGCUCUCCCUGCACGCGGACUACAUUGGCGGUGAGAACGCCAACUACCGCCGCUGGUAUUUCGCCGCCCAUCUCGACCUGGACGAUGCCGUCGGGUUCGCCAACAUGAACCUGGGCAAGGCGGAUCGCAAGACCCGCAAGGCUCGUAAGGCUGCCAAGGCCAAGGCCGCCCAGAACCCAGAGAACGUCGACGAGACCCUCCAGGCGCUGGAGGGCGAUAACAGUCUGGAGGCCGCCGAGUACAGAUGGAAGACCCGCAUGAACCGCAUGUCCCAGCACGAUCGGGCGCGCCAGCUGGCUCUCUUCCUCAUGUGCUGGGGUGAAGCCAAUCAGGUCCGAUUCCUGCCGGAAUGCCUGUGCUUCAUCUUCAAGUGCGCCGACGACUACUACAGCUCGCCCGAGUGUCAGAACCGGGUCGAACCCGUCGAGGAAUUCACCUACCUGAACGAGAUCAUCACCCCGCUCUACCAGUACUGCCGUGACCAGGGAUACGAGAUCCUCGACGGCAAGUACGUCCGUCGCGAGCGUGAUCACGCUCAGAUCAUCGGUUACGACGACAUGAACCAGCUCUUCUGGUACCCCGAGGGUAUCGAGCGUAUCUCCCUCGAAGACAAGACUCGUCUCGUCGACAUCCCCCCGGCCGAGCGGUGGACCAAGCUCAAGGAGGUCAACUGGAAGAAGGCCUUCUUCAAGACGUACAAGGAGACUCGUUCCUGGUUCCAUCUGAUCACCAACUUCAACCGUAUCUGGGUCAUUCACUUGGGUGCCUUCUGGUUCUUCACCGCAUACAACGCUCCGACACUCUACACCAAGAACUACCAACAACAAGAAAACAACAAACCUCACCCGGCCAAGAUCUGGUCUGCUGUCGGCUUCGGUGGUGCCUUGGUCAGUUUCAUUCAGAUUCUCGCUACCAUCUGUGAGUGGCUCUAUGUACCUCGGCGAUGGGCUGGCGCGCAGCAUUUGACCAAGCGCUUGCUCUUCCUGCUCUUCAUGUUUGUUAUCAACCUGGCGCCCGGUGUCUACAUCUUCGGAAUCGCCACCGAUGAUGCCAAGGGUACCAUUCCGUUGAUCCUCGGUAUUGUGCACUUCUUCAUCGCUCUGGGGUCGUUCUUCUUCUUUUCGGUGAUGCCUCUUGGCGGCCUGUUUGGCAGCUAUCUGAAGAAGUCCGGACGCCAAUACGUGGCUAGCCAGACUUUUACGGCCAGCUUCCCUCGUUUGCACGGUAACGACAUGUGGAUGUCUUACGGCCUCUGGGUCUGUGUCUUUGGUGCCAAACUGGCUGAGUCGUACUUUUUCUUGACGCUCUCCUUCAAGGACCCGAUCCGUAUCCUGAGUCCCAUGAAGAUCCACAGAUGUGUCGGUGUCACUUACAUGCCCUCUGCACUCUGCCACUACCAGCCCCAGAUCUUGCUCGGCCUCAUGUUCGUCAUGGACGUGACCCUCUUCUUCUUGGACAGUUAUCUCUGGUACAUUAUCUGCAACACCGUCUUCUCCGUCGCCCGCUCCUUCUACCUCGGUGUGUCCAUCUGGUCCCCGUGGCGCAACAUCUUCUCUCGUCUGCCCAAGCGUAUUUACUCCAAGGUGCUUGCCACCACCGACAUGGAGAUCAAGUACAAGCCCAAGGUUCUCAUCUCUCAGGUGUGGAACGCGAUCAUCAUUUCCAUGUACCGCGAGCAUCUCCUGGCCAUCGACCACGUGCAGAAGCUCUUGUACCACCAGGUCCCCUCUGAGCAGGAAGGUAAACGCACCCUCCGUGCCCCGACGUUCUUCGUCUCCCAAGAGGAUCAGUCCUUCAAGACCGAGUUCUUCCCGUCUGGCAGUGAAGCCGAGCGCCGUAUCUCCUUCUUCGCUCAGUCCUUGUCCACUCCGAUCCCCGAGCCUCUCCCCGUCGACAACAUGCCCACCUUCACUGUCCUGAUCCCCCACUAUGGCGAGAAGAUUCUCUUGUCCCUGCGUGAAAUCAUUCGCGAGGAUGAGCCGUACUCCCGUGUCACGCUCUUGGAAUACACCAAACAGCUCCACCCUCACGAAUGGGACUGCUUCGUCAAGGAUACCAAGAUUCUGGCUGAUGAGACCUCGCAAUUCAAUGGCGAGUUUGAGAAGAGCGAAUCGGAUGCUCAGAAGAGCAAGAUCGAUGAUCUUCCCUUCUACUGCAUUGGUUUCAAGUCCGCCGCUCCCGAGUACACUCUCCGUACCCGUAUCUGGGCCUCGCUCCGUUCUCAGACCCUGUACCGUACCAUCUCCGGUUUCAUGAACUACAGCCGAGCCAUCAAGCUGUUGUACCGUGUUGAAAACCCCGAGGUUGUCCAGAUGUUCGGUGGCAACUCCGAGAAGCUCGAACGGGAGUUGGAGCGCAUGGCCCGCCGCAAAUUCAAGAUCUGUGUCUCUAUGCAGCGUUAUGCCAAGUUCAACAAGGAAGAGCGCGAGAACACCGAGUUCCUUCUGCGUGCCUACCCGGAUCUGCAGAUCGCUUACCUGGACGAGGAGCCUCCUACCAACGAGGGCGAAGAACCCCGCCUCUACUCUGCCUUGAUUGACGGUCACUCUGAAAUUUUGGAGAAUGGCAUGCGUAAGCCCAAGUUCCGCAUUCAACUCUCCGGCAACCCUAUCCUUGGCGACGGCAAAUCCGACAACCAGAACCACUCUGUGAUCUUCUACCGCGGUGAAUACAUCCAGCUGGUCGAUGCCAACCAGGACAACUACCUUGAAGAGUGUCUCAAGAUUCGCAGCGUCCUCGCCGAGUUCGAAGAGCUGACCACCGAUAAUGUCUCCCCCUACACCCCUGGCCUGCCCUCCCCCAAGUUUGACCCCGUGGCCAUUCUCGGUGCCCGUGAAUACAUUUUCUCGGAGAACAUUGGUGUUCUGGGUGAUGUUGCCGCUGGAAAGGAACAGACGUUCGGUACCCUCUUUGCGAGAACCCUGGCUCAAAUUGGCGGCAAACUGCACUACGGACACCCGGAUUUCCUCAACGGUAUUUUCAUGACCACUCGUGGUGGUGUCUCCAAAGCUCAGAAGGGUCUCCAUCUGAACGAGGAUAUCUACGCUGGUAUGAAUGCAAUGAUCCGUGGUGGCCGUAUUAAGCACUGCGAGUACUACCAGUGCGGUAAGGGUCGUGAUCUUGGCUUCGGUUCCGUCCUCAACUUCACCACCAAGAUCGGAACCGGUAUGGGUGAGCAGAUGCUUUCGCGCGAGUACUACUACCUUGGUACCCAACUUCCCUUGGAUCGUUUCCUGUCCUUCUACUAUGCCCACGGUGGUUUCCACGUCAACAACAUGUUCAUCAUGUUGUCGGUCAAGAUGUUCAUGAUUGUCCUGAUCAACCUGGGUGCCUUGAAGCAUGAGACUAUCACCUGCAAGUACAACUCGAACCUGCCCAUCACGGAUCCUCUGCGCCCCACGUACUGUGCCGACCUGAUCCCGAUCACCAACUGGGUCAACCGAUGCGUUCUUUCGAUCUUCAUUGUCUUUUUCAUCUCCUUUGUGCCCCUCGCCGUUCAAGAGUUGACCGAGCGUGGACUCUGGCGCAUGGCAACUCGUCUGGCCAAGCAGUUCGGCUCGGUUUCCUUCAUGUUCGAGGUGUUUGUCUGUCAGAUCUACGCGAACUCGGUCCAUCAGAACCUUUCCUUUGGCGGUGCCCGUUACAUUGGUACUGGUCGUGGCUUCGCCACUGCCCGUAUUCCCUUUGGAAUUCUGUACUCGCGAUUUGCCGGUCCCUCGAUCUACAAUGGUUCCCGUCUGCUGCUCAUGCUCCUGUUCGCUACGUCUACCGUCUGGACUGCGGCUUUCAUCUGGUUCUGGGUGUCCCUGCUAGCUCUGGUGAUCUCGCCGUUCAUCUUCAACCCGCACCAGUUCUCCUGGGAGGACUUCUUCAUCGAUUACCGUGAUUACCUCCGCUGGCUGUCCCGUGGUAACUCCCGCUCGCAUGCCUCCUCGUGGAUCGCCUUCUGCCGUUUGUCCCGAACUCGUAUCACUGGUUACAAGCGCAAGCUGAUCGGCGUUCCGUCGGAGAAGAACUCAGCUGAUGUUCCUCGCGCUCGUAUUUCCAACAUCUUCUUCAGUGAAAUCGUUGCCCCGUUGCUCUCGGUUGCCGUCACUCUCGUCCCCUACCUGUACAUUAACUCGAGAACUGGUGUGAAAGCAGACGAAACCCAGAAAUACAAUGCCCUGCUCCGUGUUGGCAUCGUCGCUUUCGCUCCGAUCGCGGUCAAUGCUGGUGUUUCCAUCGCUUUCUUCGGCAUGGCAUGCUGCAUGGGCCCCCUUCUCAGCAUGUGCUGCAAGAAGUUUGGUGCCGUCCUCGCGGCUAUUGCUCAUGCCAUCGCCGUCAUCAUGCUGCUCCUUGUCUUCGAGGUCAUGUUUAUCCUUGAAUCCUGGUCUUGGCCUCGAUGCCUCUUGGGCAUGAUCGCUACGGUUGCCAUCCAACGUUUCGUUUACAAGCUCAUCAUCGCCCUGGCUCUGACUCGUGAGUUCAAGCAUGAUCAGUCCAACGUUGCCUGGUGGACCGGUAAAUGGUACAACAUGGGAUGGCACUCGUUCUCCCAACCCGGACGUGAAUUCCUUUGCAAGAUUACCGAGCUCGGCUACUUCGCGACCGAUUUUAUUCUGGGCCAUACCCUCCUGUUCUUCAUGCUUCCCGCUCUCUGCGUCCCGUACAUUGACAAGUUCCAUUCGGUCGUUCUCUUCUGGCUGCGCCCUAGUCGGCAAAUCCGUCCUCCGAUCUACUCCCUCAAGCAGUCUAAACUGCGCAAGCGCAGGGUCGUUCGCUACGCCAUUCUCUACUUUGGACUCCUUAUCCUGUUCAUCUUACUGAUUGCCGGUCCUCUCAUUGUUCGCCGUCUCAACAUCAUCACCCCGUCGAAGACGCUGAGCUCUCUGAGCAGUUUUUACCUUGUCCAACCGCUCGAUACCAACAACAACGACACUGUUUCAUGCUACACUGGAAGCUACCUCCCUGCGGGAUAUUCGGCUUCACUUUGCUCCACCAGCAGUGGUGCCGCUGCCAGUGCCACUUCAUGA